UACGAAAGUGACGUCAUCGUCUGAGCUUCUGGCAAAAAUACUAGUGCGUGUACUAAUGUCUAUACUAUAUUGACAUAAACAGCGGCUGUUCGUGACCAAGCAUAUGUAAAGCAAUUCUGCGUGAAUAUACGCAAAGAAAGCUCUAGUGAUGGGGAAGUCACACUCCCACUUGUCGAAGGGGAAAGAUGACCGUGGCAGUCAGAGUGGCCUGACGACUGGUCCAGAGUACAUAGAUACACAGAGUGAAGAGGAUGGAAAGAAUGGAGAUGUGUCUCAGUUCCCCUAUGUGGAAUUUACUGGCAGAGACAGUGUCACAUGCCCCACAUGCCAGGGCACUGGCAGAAUACCACGGGGCCAAGAGAACCAGCUUGUGGCUCUGAUUCCAUACAGUGACCAGAGGCUCCAGCCAAGGAGAACAAAGCUUUAUGUCACUGUGUCCGUGUCUCUUUGCCUUCUGCUGUCUGGCCUGGCGGUGUUUUUCCUGUUCCCUCGUUCUAUCGACGUCUCCUAUGUGGGCGUGAAGUCUGCAUUCGUCUCCUAUGACCAGGACAAACGGAUUGUCUAUCUCAAUAUCACGAACACUCUGAACAUCACCAAUAACAACUACUACGCUGUAUCCCUGACCAACAUCACAGCCCAAGUGCAGUUCUCUAAGACGGUGAUUGGGAAGGCCCGUAUUAGCAAUGUGAUGACCAUCAUACCACUGGAUAAGCAGCAGAUUGACUACACGGUUCCCACAGUCAUUGCUGAUGAGAUGAGUUAUAUGUUCGACUAUUGCACCCUGCAGUCCAUAAAGGUUCACAACAUUGUGGUCAUGAUGCAGGUGACUGUGACCACAUCCUACUUCGGGCACUCGGAGCAGGUCUCCCAGGAGAUGUACCAGUAUGUGGACUGUGGGGGCAACACCACCUCGCUGCAUGGACAUGUGAAGAUGUAUCAGUAAGGCAGUAAAAACACAGCUAUAAUGGAAGCCCGUCGAUCUAAAGGUCGACAAAAGGGUUUUUACAGAGUUCCUUUGGGCACACGUCUACUCCUCUCGUGCAAAUUCUUCCUAAUAGAAUGAUCCAAUCCAAUGUGUACAGGCAUUUGAGAUAAAGAUGCACUCAAGCUUUGUAUGGGAAAUGUAAUCAUCAGAAAGUAUUUAUACGGCAGAGGUGUUGAUGUAAUUUAAUCUGUACCACUAACCAUCCCAGACCACUAGGUAUGGGACAUGCAAUACAAAUAAUAGGACAGCAUCCAUUUUGAUUAUUUUGAUUAUCAGCACCACUAAUCACCCCAAACCACUUUUUGAUGGCCUUUUUAUACCAGCCAUUUUGUUUUCUUCAAGGAUUGUUUUGUACAUAAUUGUACUUACUUCCUGAUGUGUGUCGUUACUCUUACAUUUUCAUAGUAAUGAUAGUUAGAUAUACAUCUAAUUCUAAGGUGACAUAUCAUGUCGGGGUGAUGUCAGAGUAAUUAGGAUGACUACGGACCUUAAUUAGAUUGCAAUAUUUAGGUAUUUUAAUGAGAGGAAUCUUGUAUUUUUAUAUCAUUCAAAUACAGUACCUAUAACUAUUAGAUGUGUUGUUUAUGAUGUGAAUUACUCUUUAAUUGUAAACCUCUAUGAAUUGUUUGUUUUAAUGGAAAUGUUACGUGUUUUUUCUAACUUGAGUAGUAGACGGCUACCUAUUUCGAAAUGUGAUAUUACAUAAAUACCCUCAAUGGUGUUGUAAAAUUAGGUUUUUAUUUUAUCUUUGAAAUUUGAUUUUAAGAGGUUAUUUUAUCUUUACAUUUUUUGUUUGAUGCCCUUUGCCGCUUUUAAUUCGUCAUAGUUUAUCACUGAAAUUUGCAAGUAAAUUGUGAUUUUUGAGUUUGUGUUCAUUUCUGAGAUUAUUAAAUGCCAGGAUACUGUAAGUAUCCAUUUGUUAUAUUCCUUGAACAUUUGUUGUAGCUUUAAAGUAUUUUGUGCAUGUACAGAAGACUGAACUGAGGACAAUAAAAAUGGCCAAUAUAAAAUA